ACAGACAUGUGAUGUGAAUAACUUUCUGAGCCGUGUACCUCCUGAAGUCGUCAUUGAAGCAAAUGCGUCGGAAGUUGCCGCUGGGACUGUCUAUCACGCCUUCUGUAAGAACACCGGUUACAUCUUCGAUGGACGGAGCAGAGUUGUCUGCAACGCCGACGGCAAGUGGGCUUUCGAUCCAAGCAUGAGGUGCAAUCGCUCGUGUGCUAUUCCACCUCUCGCACCAGGAGUAAACAUAGUGCGGCGGACUGCUGCAGAGAUGAGAUUUGCUUGCCAGAGAAACUUGGCACUCGAGGGUCCCGAACAGAUACAUUGCUCACGCACCGGAGAAUGGGACGCUAAGCCACCGUUAUGCGUCCAGCUUCAAACUACGCCGGCGCCGGGCUGUGAUGUGACCGACUUUCUCAUUGCGGUGCCCGACCUUGUCGUCAUUAAUGCGAGUGACUCGGAGGUAGCCUUGGGCGCUGUCUUCGAAGCAUUUUGCAAUUACGAAGGCUACAUCCUGGAGGGACGCAGCCAUGUUACGUGCAAAGCCAACGGAAUGUGGGACUUCGAUCCAAAAAUGACUUGUAUUCCCUCGUGUGCUAUUCCAUCUGUCGUACCAGGAGUAAAGGUAGUGUGGUGGACUGCGGCGAAGGUGAGAUUUGCUUGCCAAAGCAACUUGGCACUCGAGGGUCCCGAGCAGAUACAUUGCUCACGCACCGGAGAAUGGGACGCCAAGCCACCGGUAUGCGUCCAGCCUCAAAAGGAACAGACAUGUAAUGUGAAUAACUUUAAGAGCCGCGUACCUCCUGAAGUCGUCAUUGAAGAAAAUGCGCCAGAAGCUGCCGCAGGGACUGUGUAUCACGCCUUCUGUAAGAACACCGAUCACAUCUUCAAUGGACAGAGCAGAGUUUUCUGCAACGCCGACGGCACGUGGAGUUUCGAUGCAAGAAUGAGUUGUAUUCCUUCGUGUGCUAUUCCAUCUCUUGCACCAGGAGUAAAGGUAGUGUGGCGGACUACGGCGGGGGUGAGAUUUGGUUGCCAAAGCAACUUGGCACUCGAGGGUCCCGAGCAGAUACAUUGCUCACGCACCGGAGAAUGGGACGCCAAGCCACCGGUAUGCGUCCAGCCUCAAAAGGAACAGACAUGUAAUGUGAAUAACUUUCUGAGCCGUGUACCUCCUGAAGUCGUCAUUGAAGAAAAUGCGCCGGAAGCUGCCGCAGGGACUGUGUAUCACGCCUUCUGUAAGAACACCGAUCACAUGUUCAAUGGACAUAGCAGAGUUUUCUGCAACGCCGACGGCACGUGGAGUUUCGAUGCAAGAAUGAGUUGUGUAAAAGGUUGUCCCAACUUCGCGGACCAAGACGAAAGCCUCAUUAUAGAAGGUAUCCUUCCUACGUACCAGCUUGGGGACAGUAUCACCCUCAGCUGUCCAGGAGGAACUGAGCUGGACCCGCCCGUCGAGAGGAUAACCUGCCUGGGAGACCGGUGGUCCGAGACCAAGCUUCCUCAUUGUUCGGACAGGUUCCCUUUCAGAUUUUAA